AUGACAUCUCCUCGUAAACCAGUGCGCUCCGGAUCCUCUACCGGGUCUCCAGGUAUCCCAACCUCCAUCUCCGACCAGCGCAAUCAGUACGAUCCCGCAACAACCGGGUAUAACUCUGCCACCGGUGCAGGUUACAAGAGGCCCAGCGGAUCCGAUAAUUAUCGUCCGCCCUCGCCGACAGGAAGCUUUGAUGCGCCUGCGGGUGAUUCUCGAAUCUCACACGCGCCUAGCACGGCGGAGCGGGUGAAGAUGGAGAAAGAAAUGGAGAAACAGCAGAAAGCGUCCCGGUCUAAUCAGGCUAGUGAGGGAGUUGGUAAAGGGAUUAAAGGUGUUGCGGCGGGGAUUCAUGGUGCUGGAGAGACACUACGUGGGGCACUUAAUGCGACUGUUGAUCGGGCAUUUGGGUCCCAUGAAAGUGCCGAGUGGAAUGAGGAGAUUGCGCGUCGUGGAGAACAGGAGAUAUCAUCGAAGGAUUUCAAAGAAACGCCUCGUCGAGAGUGA